AUCACACGCUGCAGACUUCCAUUCUAUUUUGGUAAAUCAAUUGCAAGUAAAGAGUAACAAUGACUACUCCCAGGCUAGUAGUUCUCCUCAUUUUGUCAUUUACGCUGGCUACGAAUGCGUCCUUGUUGGAGGAGAUUAUCAGGAAUGGGACAAAGCUGGAAUGGACCUAUUUCCGCGAUGGUGUGAAAUAUUACAUGAAAACGGACAUGACGGCACUCCAGAGACUCGCCUCGCCUCAGAUUUAACGUCACUUAUCAAAUAGUUGACGACGAACAUACAACAACGGAAGACUGGGCGCCAACUGAAGACGAUUUUACAACUACCGUCCCAACCACACCGCGCCCAGAAAUGCUGCUAACGGUAUUUCGUACCGACACGUCGCAAUACGUGACCGUCGAAGGCAAUGUUUUGACAGCUGGUAAUCCCCAGACUAUCUUCACCCUCAUUCCCGUGUCCGAAGGGGGCAACCAGUUUCAUUUAUUUCAAGACGGCGAAACAUUCGUCGCCCCCAGAACAAGGGCACCAUUUGAAUUUGUCCGCCAUUCACAGUUUCCUUCCGAACCACCAGCUGUCUUUUCUCUAGAGCCGUAUCAAUUCUACUUAAACUCGUCGUAUGGAGGUCAGCGAAGCCGAAUUUGGGGCACUCUCCAAGAAAUUGAACGACUUCCAGCCCAAUCUGAACGUUUGGUUGCUUACCGCGACCUGAUCGAACAAAUGAAUGCCUUCAACCAUAUUCUCGGUGGGACUGAAGCCUUCCAAGUUGGAGAUUCUAUUCGACGCUCGAUUCCUGGUUAUGUGGACACCCUUCCCUUCAUCAUGCUUCCAGAACAGGUCCAACUCGUCACUCAAUCAGCCUCGGAAGACUUCCUGCUCAAACUGUCCGUCGUUGACCCAACCGGAAACGUCAUUCCGGUCAACGAACAUCUCGCCUACCUGCAGCCUUGGCCGCUUUACCCGUUCACUUUUAGCGGAAAUUUGGUUAAAUCAGGUAGUGGACAGUACUGGGUUUUGGACACGUCGAAUAAUCUUCGGUCUAAUAUUGCCCCUCCCUCGACUACUUUUAUCCCGCACUUUUCCGCAAAUACGACAGAGUCCUUCAUCGUAUCCACCUCUUACAAUUGGUUUCUCGCAUUUGUCGGUGUAAAUGCGACAUCUAGAAGUUUUCGGUCGUACUCAAAUAGUCAAGAAAGGGCUGCCUUUAUCGUUUCCCACUAUCAGGUCGAUGUCGCGGAAAUGUAUGGCGGUCAAAAUAAAUCCCUAGGUCCGGAGGUGGCUCAUAUAAUUAAAAAGUACUCCCCUACCCCGGAAUUAGGUGGCAAGUUUGAGCAACUGCUAACCUCGGUGGAGGAAAACGGACAUAUUUAUGGAAAAGAGAUAUUUUCCAUUGGGGCGAUCAUGACGCAGGCGCCAAUUUCGAAUGACCAUCCUGCUUUUACUAAGCUGCCUGAAAUGGUGCGAGUAAUUUUAACCCGGAAUACGUCAUUGACUUAUCAAGAUCAGAUAAGCGGGGUAAGGUAUCCGAUGAAGUAUUCCUGGGCGUCGGACCUUCACCAAGGGGUUGAAUCGUAUUCGUUUCGGAUUUCCCCGCCGCCGUUGGCCAAUGAGACUUUUGCAUCGGCAAAAUUUUGCAUUGUUUACGGAUUCGGAGGAGAAGUUCAACCGCAACGAGUUUUCAUUAAUCCGACCACCAAACUUCUCACGCAAGAAUUGCUGAAUGGCCUAGUUUACGAUUUAGAGCUCGACAUUUCCCAGGGGCUGGAUUUGGUCAACCUUUCGUGGAAUAAUACCCGCGUCGUUACGUCAAAUAUGCAGCCAGAUUUCUAUUUCCAGGCAGGCAACCAAUUUCAAAGCGCUAAUUUUAUUGUGCGUGAAUUUAUUUAAAAUUUAAACUGGUGAAGGACUGAAAUUCGCGAAUUUAUUAAUUUCUUGUAAAGUUAAUAAUCUAGGGGCAAAUAUGAAUGUUAUGUGGAUAAGAUUGAAUAAAAUUAAAUAA